GUUGAAACAUGAGAAAUGCCGACACAGCAGCAGUUCUGCGUGCUGAAUGGACCAGCUGUCCGUGUCCACACAGACAGCACACCCUGCUGCACAGCAAAGGCCUCCGGGUCGGUCCCAGCUCUCCACAUGUCCAAAGUCAACAGCGGUUCCACCGGCUGUCGGGCCGUGGUGAUGGCUGGGAAGUACCUGUCUGGUCCCGGCCGAUGUUCUGCGGUGCUCGCCGGGACAUCAGGCCGGCAGCGGGGACAGAUGUGUGCCACUCAGUGCCGUACAGAGAGCUCCACUGCAGCCCGCAUGGGAGGGCGAACCGCGGCCGCGGGUCAGCAGGAAAGUCCCGGGUAUUUCUCCGCCGCUGACCGACACGCGCUGGCUAACCGGAGCUUAAUUUACCGGGACGUGAAGGCUUUUCUCAGCGAGGUUGGUGGGGAUCCUCGCGAGGCUCGGUACUGGCUGACCCAGUUCCAGAGAGCGAACUUAUCGCAGUCGCCUGCUUUUGCUGUGCUGGAGGUGGACGACUCGGUAUUCCAAAGCAGGGAGAUGGUACAGAGCCUGGCCUUUGGCCUGUCGUUCCUGCAGCGGAUGGACAUGAAGCCCAUGGUGGUGAUGGGCUGCUCCUAUAGCCAGGAAUCAGGGUCUGUAGAAGCAGCCGCUGGGUCUUGGAGCACCAGAGGGCUGGUGGAGCGGUGCCAGCAGCUCACUGAAGCUCUACAGCUACACUCAGCAACUGUUCUACCAUUCUUCUCAGCAGAGUCCUUCCUGCAGCUGCAUGAGGCACCACAAGGCAGCAGCGCUCCACACUCCAUUUCUGUGGACAUCAGCCUCCUCCAGUGGAGUCUGGACUGCGGGACCAUCCCGCUGGUUUGUCCAGUUGGGAGGGACGGACGUGGAUGCUCGUUGGUGCUGGACCCAACGGAGGUCACGGCAGCCAUUUCCAGAGCCCUGCAGCCCCUCAAAGUCAUGUUUCUGAACAACUCGGGAGGCCUGCGGGCCGAAAAGCACAAGGUACUGGACAUGGUGUCACUGCCCGCUGAUCUGCCUGGUCUGUCUGCAGCGGAGUGGCUGAGCCAAGUGGAGCACCGCAGGCUGACCGCCAUCGCCAGACUGCUAAAUCAGCUACCAACAGAGUCCUCAGCUGUGAUCACCUCUGCAGACACUCUGCUGACUGAGCUCUUCAGCCACCGGGGUUCUGGGACACUUUUCAAAAACGGCGACCCCAUACACAGGUACACCUCUCUGGACGACAUCGACGAGGAGCGUCUGCUGACUCUCAUCAACAAGUCGUUCGAUAAAACUCUGAGGCAGGAUUAUGUGGAGUCUUUGAAGGGACGGCUGCACUGUGUCUACCUCUCUGAAGGCUACAGCGCAGCAGCCAUCAUCACCAUGGAGCCCGUCAACGGUGGGACCCCCUACCUGGACAAGUUUGUGGUGAGCAGCAGUAAGCAGGGGCAGGGCACCAGCCACAUCCUGUGGGAGUGCAUCCGACAGGAUCUGGGCAAGCUGUUCUGGAGGUCAAAGGCCACCAACAGGAUCAACCCGUGGUACUUUAAGCACUGUGACGGCAGCUUUGUAAACGGAGUGUGGACCGUCUUCUGGUUUGGCCUGACGGACAUCAGAGACUCGUACAUGCUGGUGGAGCACGCCAAGAGCCUCCCUGACUCAUUCCAAAGCUGCUGCCUCACCUCCACCCAGCUGCCUCCUGCUGCUCCAGCUGCUGCUUCCUGAACUCCUGCUUCUCAGUCGAUGGUUUUUGUGGCAGUUCAGCUUUGGAGACCAAUUACAAAAUCAAUGAUUCUGA